UCAAAAACGGUGUUGAAAAAGAAGACAACAUGAUGAUCCUAUCAGUAUUACUUAUAACAGCGACCACCCUAAACCAGAUUGACUGCAGGCGACUCGAAGAUAUCAACAACGAGGUGAGCAGUAUUCCCGAAGAGAAUCUCUCAUUCUCGACGGGCGAAUGGGUGAAAAUCAACAAUCCCCCCGUGGCGGUGAUGACCAAGAAGGUGGGCGCCCACAUGGAGCUGCACUGCGAGGCGAUGGGAUCACCGCCGCCCACAAUACAGUGGUAUAAGUCCAAUCGGAGGAUUACGGAAAACGAGGUCUUUGAGACAAAUUCAAUUAGCAGGAAUCCAGCCUUAGCGCAGGUUUCAUCAAGACUGGUUAUAAACUACUUAUUACCCAGGCACCAGGACGUAUACCGGUGCGUGGCAGAAUCAGGGACCAAAGUUGAUACUGCUGCCACGAAAUUAUUAGUUACCGACGGCAGAGAAAUGAACUUCACUCAGUUACUUAGCGCGAAGAUCCUCGGAGCGCACCACCUACCCAGGGUGACAUUUUGGGCUACCACUUACAUGGACGUUAUAGGCAACGACGCUACACUCCCCUGCAAAUUCGUUGGAAAUCCCCGACCCAACGUCAUUUGGUUGGAUCCCAAUAGCAAAGUGAUUGAAAGCAGCGAAAAAUAUUCGAUGUCACAGGAAGGCGAACUUCGAAUAAGGUCAAUGGAAUGGUCAGAUAUGGGCGCCUAUGUGUGCGCAUUAGAAAAUUCAGUGGGUGAAGAUUCCGUCGAGACUUUUUUAUAUCCUAUGCAGGGGUCGAAGUAA